UGGACUCUAACUUCCAUCAUGCUCAGCAUCAUGGGCGCAUCUGAUGUCCAGUUGCGCAUUGGUCGCGCAUGACGAGCCAUGGCCAUGGGUUCAAUGACAUUACGUAUCAGCCCGGUCCGCAAUGGGCUGGUCGGCCGCAUUUCUGUUCGGGCCAUGCUUUUCCUCCAGCUCUCCCCACCUCGUUGACCCACUACACGCUCACGGUGACGAUGGCUUCUGCGGCCCCCGCUGGUUGGGCAUUGCCUCCAUCCACAGCCUCCUCGCCCUGUGGAACUGGGCUGGAGUCGGCGGAACUUAUGUCUGGGCCUUCAGACACGGUACGAUCAGCGGUGAGGUCCUCCGAGUCUACAAGCGGUCCGCUGGAUCCUACAGGCGAAGCGGCUACGGACGGGCCCGCCGCAAGCAUCUGGCGGCCCUCUAUACCGAGCCAUACGAGCACGGCCUCCUCACUUGGCACGGAGGCCGGGGCGCUAGGUCAUUUUGUUCGGUCCGAUACUCUUCUCAGCUUCGGUCGGUCCCAGACGCGGAAUGCAGCCGAGCUCAAAGCUCUCAUGGGCAACUCAAACUCUCGGCUGAAGACUGGAGCUACUGUGCACGUUGCUGCUCGGAGAAAGACUGGACAAAAUCCCGACGACACGCAGGCGGACGCCGUCGCCUUGGAACAUGCAAAAUCCCGAAGCCGGGUGGAAGUAGAUAUCGUCCUCGAUAGUGACACUUCGUCCAAGGUUCGCGUCCGCAAGCGGUCGAGAAAAGACGAGCCCAUUUGUCUGGCCGACCCAAAGAUCCGCGUCAUCGGCUUCGAGUGCAUUCCUGGGGAGAGCGAGCGUCAUACCUUCUAUCAAUGCGCUUCGCCACUAUCGGCGAUUACAGAUGGUCUGGAUCGCCUUUUCGACGCGCCUACGGGCUCAGACGGCUUUACACGCGCAAUAGAGGGUAUGCACACCUUACCGUUCGCCAUGCGUUUGCCUGUGGACAGCAAGUUUGGCGCCGCUAAGGGUGUAUUAAACCUGCAUUCCGGGGUCAUUGUGCAGUAUAUAGCAAUGAUUUCUAUCAAAGUGAAGGAUCCCAAGACAGGGAAACGCUCUAUCGCGCACUUCUUUAGGAACUGCGAAAUUUGGCCACGCCUUAACGCCUCCAUCCUUCUAGCCUCCGCCCCGAGACCGCUUCAGGUGACUACCACCAAGAGCCUUGCCAUGCUUAGCAACGAAAGGAAGGUGAAGCUUACGGCCCAGUUGCACCGCUUGACCUGGGUAGCCGGCCAACGCUGCUACGUGAACGUCUCGGUCGUAAACGACACAAAGAAGACUGUGAAGACGCUUACGUUGAUGCUCGUACGCUCGACGACGAUGUUCAGACCCACCCCGGAGUUGGAUGCUGGGCGCGCUCGUAGCGUCGAUCCUGAUGCGUGCCAGACAACCACGCUCCACAAAGUGGUUGCAGAGAAUGUCCUGGAGAUGGCACAACCGGGCACCAAGGGCCGCGCAAGUGCCAAGGGUUGGUGGACUGGUGUGGGCCCCGGCAAGGAACUUUCAUUCUCGCAUUACAUUCUUAUCCCACCUGAAGCAUUGUCUGUAACCCGGUCGCGGUUGCUCGAGGUCGAAUACUCCAUUCGCGUAACGCUCAGCGCGGGCCCGCUCACUCCCGAUGUCCACGGUACACUGCCUAUCAGGGUCAUCAACUUCCUAUCCAUCGAUCCCAUCCCCAGCGAGCCGUCUCAUUCAUUUCUGGUGGAGCCGGUGCAUCCGUUGAAACGCCGUCGUUCCAUCGACGGUGAACUGGACGCACUGACCGAGGCGUCCCUCUCGCGCAAUGAAGUACCUCCAGUCGGGCUCAUGCCGGGCGAUGAUGACCACAACACAGCUCGCCCUCGGCAGGGCCCAUAUCAUGUCUUAUGCAACCCCGUUCACGAGGCGCAGACUCAUUCUUUGCGAAUCACAAACCCCGACCAGGUCCCGUCGUCACUACAGGCUUCUGAGUCGUCUGAUAGCGAAGCUAGUGUCUAUUCGUCGGAUGCCAGCUAUCACUCGAGUGUGGACGAGCUUGCGUCAUCCUCUGGCGUGCAACUGUCAAGUGGGCUAGGAAACCUCGACCUCGAGGAUCCCAACUCGGACGAGGAGGUCGAGUACGUGGUCGGCUCUGCCCGCUUGGAUGAAGAAUUGGAGGAUCCUACUAUCGCCGGCCCAGAGUACGGUACAUCGCGUGCUACUGUGUCGCGGCCUAUGGGACCACGCUCUGGCAGUAGAUCGGACCGGCGCAACACAAUCAAUGUCGGAGCUCUUCCCCCAAGGGAAUACCGUAAUGUCCGUGAUGAAACGGAGCGCAGGGCAAGGGAUUCUUUCGUCGAUGAUGUGAACGAACGGCUUCUAGCUGCUGCUACAUCACUGCACGCCACCCCCCGCAGACGUGCCAGACAUCCCGUGGGCUUCGCGUAUAGCUCUGACGAGGCAAUGCUCGAUAUGGACGCUACUCCUCGCCUCUCUCAGGAUCAGAUACGUCCCCUGCGUCCCUCACGCCAUCUGGGUAGACGCACACCUGCUCCGAGUGUCUGUGCUUCUGUUGGCAUGGGUACCACGGCAGCAGAACCCACACCGACUGCCUGCUCUGCCCUUUCCCAAUCUUCAGUGCGGAGGUCGCGUGCAUUACCUCCGCUGGCCGCACAAGCCGUGGGACCUGCAAACCACGAAGGCCUCCCAGUCGAUGAACAAUAUCCAAUCGCUCGGUUUCAGCAAGCCAUUUCGGUGACGGGGGCCACUGGAGGCGGCAACUAUGUCACAACAACUCCCCACAUUGACCUCGGGUGUCACCCGCCACAUACGCACGCCGUCAUCCACAAAGACAUUCCGCGGGAACUCGAUGGCGCAAGCUUUCGCGGGAGAACCGCACACAUCCAUCCCCCUGUUGGUAAUGCAGCGAGAUCCGAAUCGAGCUCCUCCGCGUCCACAUCCUCGUCCGCGACGUCAAGCUCCGGGUACGACAGUGGCCACUCGUAUGAGACAUCGGUGACCUCCGUGCACUCUGCAGACGGCCGCGGGCGUCCGACUGCAGGCAUGCAGAUGGCGGGCGCGUCCGAGAGCGCCGUGCCGGUGCAGGGGCGCAUCGCUGAAUUUGAAGACCGCGUCAGGUGUGUGCGGCCCGUCGCGAGCGCGUUUGUGUAGUCCGGCCAGGACGGGCUGCUCGUAUGCAAGCGGCGUCCCAUCGCUGUCGUCUGUACGUCCCGCUGUAUAACCAUAACACAAAUGUCGAAUGCCACACGGAGCACAUGCGUAUCUCUUGAGGGGUACCGUCGGCGCUGAUCGCUAUCUCGCCCGCUCCUUGGCUCCGAG